UGAAAGCAAAGACUGCAGCAUCUUCAGCCAGAGAAGCAGUCAACGUCUCCUUCUCCCUCCGCCGCCCUCGUCGCCCCACCACGGGGUGUCUGCGCGCUCCUGACAACCAGGCACGAACGCGCUCGGAUCCUUUUCUUGCGCCGCUCCUUCAUCAUCUUCGUCUUCUUCGUCCUUUUCUUUUUUUUUUUUUUUGCGCCGGAUUGAUUUGGCAGAGGCUGGCAGCAGCAGUGCCAGAGGCGCGCCCCCGCACCUCGCACCUAGUCGUGUAUACGUGAAUGCGCAGCGCAACGACUCGCGCUUGAUGGAAGACUGACGUCUCGUGCACGCGCCUCACCAGCCAGCCUCUCCUCUCCUGGAAUCUUCUCUUCUCCCUCCUCCCUCCUCCUCCCUCUCUCACCCGCGUGCACAGCAUCUCCCGAUCGCGUGCGUGCCCCCCCACCCCUCCCCGUUCAGUUUUGAGUCUUCGCCGAUAUUGCGGACGCGCGCGCGCGCAAUACUCCUCCGAGGACUCGCCUGCGCGGCCACGCUGCGUCAAGAGCGCCAUAGCCGAGCAAAGGGAAGGGGGGAUUUAAUCAUCCGAGAGCAAACAUGAUGGCCGGCGGAGCAGUGCAGCAGAACGGCCUCUUCGCCACCCCGCUCCACCACAACCAGCAGCCCCACAUGGAGGCCGACCCUCCGGACUCGCGCAAAAGACCCCUGGAGACCCCCACCGAGGCCAGCAGCACCAAGCGCACCAACACGGGAGUGGCCUUCCUGCAGCCCCUUUUUGAAAGUGAAGGCAUUGUUUUCCCAGACCAAGAAACUGAGAGCCAUGAGGAAGGCGAGUACUUUCUCAAGGUUCUGAUUCCCAGCUAUGCGGCCGGCUCCAUCAUUGGCAAGGGAGGACAGACCAUCGUCCAGCUGCAGAAAGAGACGGGAGCCACCAUCAAGCUGUCCAAAUCCAAAGACUUCUAUCCCGGCACCACAGAGCGCGUGUGCCUGGUCCAGGGCACAGUGGAGGCGCUGAACGGCGUUCACGACUUCAUCGCCGAGAAAGUUCGAGAAAUGCCUCAAAGCAGCCAGAAGUCUGAACCUGUCAGCAUCCUGCAACCUCAAACCACCGUCAACCCCGACCGCAUCAAACAGGCCAAGCUGAUCGUCCCCAACAGCACGGCGGGGCUGAUCAUCGGGAAGGGCGGGGCCACCGUCAAGGCGGUGAUGGAGCAGUCGGGCGCGUGGGUGCAGCUCUCCCAGAAGCCGGAGGGCAUCAACCUGCAGGAGCGCGUGGUCACCAUCAGCGGCGAGCCGGAGCAGAACCGCAAAGCGGUGGAGAUCAUCGUGCAGAAGAUCCAGGAGGACCCUCAGAGCUCGUCCUGCCUCAACAUCUCCUACUCCAACAUCACCGGCCCUGUCGCCAACUCCAACCCUACCGGCUCGCCGUACGCCAACUCCACCGAGGUCAUGCCGUCAGCAGCGGCGGCGGCGGCGGCCACUGCGUCAUCUCUGCUGGGCCAGGCCGGCCUGGCGGGGGUGGGCGCCUUCCCGACCACCAUGUCCAGCUUGUCCGGCAACGACCUGCUGACCAUCACGUCGGCUCUCAACACGUUGGCGAGCUACGGCUACAACACCAACUCACUGGGUCUGGGCCUCAACCCCGCCGCCGCAUCAGGGGUCCUCGCCGCCGUGGCAGCCAACGCCAACCCAGCAGCGGCAGCCGCAGCUAACUUGUUGGCGUCCUACGCCAACGACGCUUCCACCAGCGCCGGCCACCCGGCCGCAGGGCUGGGGGGCUUCUCCUUGGGAUCGCUGGCUGCCGCCACCGGCGCCACCAAUGGCUACCUGAGCGCCGCCUCACCACUGAUGGCGUCGUCGCUGCUGGCUACGGAGAAACUGGCGGAGGGAGCCAAGGAAGUGGUGGAGAUCGCUGUGCCGGAAAAUCUGGUGGGAGCCAUCUUGGGAAAAGGAGGGAAGACGCUAGUGGAGUACCAGGAGCUGACCGGCGCCAGGAUCCAGAUCUCCAAGAAAGGCGAGUUCAUCCCCGGAACUCGGAACAGGAAGGUCACCAUCACGGGCUCGCAGGCGGCGACGCAGGCGGCGCAGUACCUGAUCAGCCAGAGGAUCACCUACGAGCAGGGGGUGCGCGCCACCAACCCCCAGAAGGUGGGCUAACGCUGACAGCCAAUCACCAGUGAGGAGGGGAAAAGAGGCGGGGCUCGGGGGAGGAGCGUAGAGCAAGAAUGUCAGACGGAACGGCGGAUUUUUCCUCUGCGUCUUUUCAGUAUUCUCGACUACAAAAAAAACGUGCUGAGACGGCAAGGAGGAGGAGUUUUCACGCUGAAAAAAAACACGAAAAAAAGGUGUAAAAUGUAAAUAAGUUUUAUUACUUAACGUCUUUCUGGAUUUGGUAUUUGUUUCAAUGUUUGAUUUGGUAAAUUAAGAUGUUUGUGGACACGCUAAAUGACAGGAAGUAGGGGAGUGGAGUGGGAAGGGGACGGCGUGGACCCUGCCCUCUCCCUUCCCCGACACCCCCGCCCUCUAAAAGGGUUUUUCUUUUUCUUUUCUUUGCCCCUCCCCUUCUAGCCCCCUCUUGACCUGCCCCGCCCCCUUAACCAGGGCGGGGCGGGGGGGACUGGAUGGCUGCAAAGUUGACAGGCGCGCGCGCGAGGAAACGCAACGAGAGCGCCGCCGUCCCCUCGCGUGCGCGUGCCAGCCACCCCUCCCCCCUGCACUCCCCCGUGACGCACGCCGAUGACCUCACGUAGCGCGCCAGCUGGCUAGCUGGGAUGGACGCACGCGAGCAACACCGCGCGCACGGCAGCGUGACGACAUGGUCGAUAUUUAUUACCGAGGAGUUCACGUCUGUCAGCGUGUGAAUUCAUCUUGAAUGUAAAUUUAUUUUAAUUUAAAGUUGGGACUGCAGAUGUCACAUAGUGUAAUAUAAUGUCUUAUUUAAGAGAGGGCGCCACCUGGUGUAUGAGCAGGGAACACAACACUGGCAGCCUCAAGCAGCAGCAGCGUGGCGUCUCGGCGGCCAUGUUGACCCGUGUCCCUAAUGGGGAGCAAUAGCACUUAGGACUAACUACUGACACGCGCCAACACUGAAAGACGGCGAGGGGGGCGGAGCCUCGAGCAUACCGUGAAGGGAGAUAGGCGCCCCCGUGCGGCGGACGCCAAGCCGCCCGACAUGCUGUUUAUUUUUUUUUUGUGAUUGUCCUGUUGUUGUUGUUUUGUUUUUUUACAGUCGCAGUACACUGAAUCUUUGUCUUAAUGCACUGUGAAGCGAGGGGGCGGGGCCUCGCCGUCUCCGAAGCGAGGGAGGGAAGGGGGGGUGGGGUCUGAUGUCAGGGACGCAAACUGGAUGACUUUUGUAUGGCAGGGAACACGUCUGACAUUUCUAUAUGAAUAUUAACAGCAAAGGCCAGGGAUACAAUGAACGACAGAAGGUCAAGGGGUGGCGGCCUGUUGGGGUCAUAGGUCACCCGUCCUGCCGGAACAGCGGGCAUGGGGGGUUUAUCGAAAAGGAUUCUGGAAUUUUUCCAUGAAAGUCCAAAUUGAAGUGUGAUGGAACGUAAACCAAAAAGUGUAGGAGGGGUGCGUUUGAUUUGCUCGCCCACAGGAGGGCGAGGGAGGGUGGUGGGGGGGUAUGGCUCCUCCUCCUUCGAAGCAAUGUGGCCCAAAUUGGCGGUGAUGGUGUCACAUGGCCAGCAAGGCUUUCCGGUAAGGAGGCUUCUUUACUCCAUCUUUAACUCCAUACACUCCUCCCCUUUUCCCCCCAACGCACCCUCCCCCCAUCCUGACUCCGCCUCCUCCUACAACAUCGCUCCAUGGGUGGCCAUGAUGCAUGUCCUCUUCUUCUGCUGCUGCUGCUGCUGCUGCUGCUUCUCCUGGGGAGAUGCUGUGUGCCGCUAGAGGAAGUCAAGUUGUUGUUGUUGUUGUUGUUGUCGUCGUCGUCAAGGCGACCACAGCAAGCGUGCCGCGAGUAUUUUAGAUGUUGUGUAGACAGUUUUGGAGCCACUUCCUGCGUGGCUCCUGUGGGGGCAGCGUUGUCGUUCCCGCGAGUCCUGGAAGCAAUACUUGUCGUCUCGUCCUUUCCUUUCUCGCGCUUUCCGAGUAGCCGUAGAUGUUUCUGUUCCUCCUUUUGUUUGCUGGGAAACGCUGAUAGGAAACGCUGAAAAAAAAAAAACAACAACAAAAAAAGACAUAUCCACUUCUAGCCGGAAGUCACCGACCAAAGGUCGAAAAGUUGGCGCCGUGCCAAAAGAGCUCUCCUUGAUUUGAUAUCGCAGACGUACUUUUAUACAAGGAAAAUGUGAAAAGUGCCAAAUGACGCAUAUUUAUCAUUUCUAAAAAGUGUUACCGCAGCAGCACUCUGGGCUCCAUGAAACACUAACAUAGCGAUAGCUUAGCAUUAGCAUCAUAAUGCUGAAGAAAAUGUGACGACUUAGCAUUCUUAAACACAACUUUUUAUAGGGACAAGGAAAAUGUAUUUUGUGGAAAUAGAUGUUCACUUUUUUGCACGUAUAUAUACAUAUAAAUAUAUAUGAAUAUAAAAAUUGCAUGAUGUCAAGUGUGGACUUAAAAAAAAAACGUGAAAAAAAAUUAGGCUGUGUGUGUCGUUCAUUGUCAUGCGUGGGAGGGGGGUCAUAAAUAAAGCGAACAAAAAAAACUGAACAAAAAAAAAAUAGUUUUUGCACGUUUUUUGUCCAAAAUAUUUGGGCGUCGUCGCUCGCAGUGACUCGGCUUUAAAAGUUCUACCUUCUGUUUUAUGCAAAUCAGUAUUUGGUUGUGGUGACGCGCCCACUUCCUGUCACUCGCCAGUUGUUUUCAAAACGAACAAAAUUUGUUUUUUUUUGUGCACUAAAAGUUGACGUGCCGGCGUAAAGUUACCACCUGCCAUCGCUGUGGCAACCCCACCCCCCCAGAUCAAAGACGCGCGGCACACCGAACUCGGCGCGUGUCUUCCGCAGCUCCAUCAUGAGGGGACCCCUUUUUUUUGUGUGUGUGUGUGUGUGUGUGAACGCCCCCCAACCCAUUCCCCCACACCUGAAGGGGGAGGCCGAGUCUAACGAACACCAGCAAGUAGAGCAUUUGUCACGUCACUGUUUCUUCUCCUCCUUUAUUUUGCUGCUGGAUGACUAACGACCAGAUGCCAUUUUUGUGUGUGUAGCCUGUUUACCCCCCUAUGCACACACACACACACACACACACACACACACACACUUCUUUGCACUUUCACUGCCCCCUCCACCCACCCCCUCCCCCUCCUCCAGUGCCAAACUCCAAGGACACUGAAAAGGCGUCUUAGUGUUGUUGCGUGUGGGACAUCCAUCCCGGAGGCACCCAUGAAGCCAGCAUGCUCCGCCCCCUCAUAACAUGAUGUCGCUCAUGACGCCGCCGACCAACAGCACCUCCUCCUCACCCCCCCACCCCCCUCCCACACACACACACACCUCCACCAGGAUUAACUCCCCCCCCCCCACCCCCCCACACACCCCCUCCUGUCAGGUGGCACCUGUCAGCGCCUCCAAAGCAACCGCCGCUCAUGCCAGCUGCUUUCCUAACUCUGUCAUCUUCUUCAGCCGUGGGACCUCAUUGAUCGUGUGCCAUAGUGUUGGGGGCACCUCUCACCUCCCUCCCCUCUCUUUGUCCCCUACCCCUCCAUCAUUUUUUCUGGAUGGGAAAGAUUCAUUUUUCUAACGACAAUUCUUUUUUUUUUUUUCCUCGUUUGUUUGUGGCGACGCCAUGCCGAGUGUUGGCGCCAUCCUCUGUCCUCUUGUUGAACUGUUUGAACUUUCACCCCUCCCCCGCUCAUGAACUUUACUCCCCUCGCCCUCCUGUGUCCAUCCAGCUGUUUGGGACAGUAACUCUUCAUUCCAUAUGCCCGCCCCCUCCAAAAAAAAAAAAAAAAAAAAAAACUGUGCAAUGCUCGCUGAUGUGAUUUGAACUCUUUUGCUUUGUUUGUCGCUCAUCAUCGAGGACGACUUAAAAAAAAAAAACAUUUGGACAAAAAGAUGCAGAAAAAAAAACACUAAACUGUUUCCUCACGUUUUUGUUCUCUCGUUGUAAAUAUAUUUGUUGGGGGGGCGGCAGCAUAAAGACGCUGUUUAGCUUGUAGCUGCUGUAUUCCCAUUUAGCUCGCUGUAGUAGUAGUAAUAAUAAUAAUAAUAGGAGUCAUUGCCAGUCAUCGACCAGCGGGUGGCGCCACUGUCAGACAUAUCACUCGCCCGGCUCAGGUGUGCGCGUCCGGAGGCGGAGCUAACCUUUGUGCAAUACAGUCUGGUUUACAUGCAAGGUCAGCACAUAUCUCCAAGUAUUACAACACGUGAGAUUAGGAAUGUGUCAUUUCUUCACCGCAUGGCUCUAAGCUCCACCCCCCUGAUUUAUGCUGCCCGCCCCAUUUCCCACACAUGAGCUAUUUAUUAUUAUUAUUAUCAUGACUCACGAAAUAACGGCAAGAAGAAGAGAUACAAAAAAAAAAGGGAAAGACUGGGGGGAAAAAAGGUGAAUAUUGUUUUUCUUUUGUUAGUAUUAGUGGUUGCUUUUUAACAACAUUCAUUACCUGACGUAAAGAGUAUUGAAUAUUUAAUGUCACUGUAGCAUUGUGCUUGUAAAGAAACUAGUGAGUUGUGUUUGUUGACUUGUGGAUUACCAGUGAAGUGGGCCAUCUAGUUCUAACAAUAUCUAUGAGGUCAUUUUCUAAGAUUCUUAUUUUGCCACGGCAACAGCAGCCAUUAUAAAUGUUCAUUUUAGCAUCA